GGAGAAUCAGAUGCUUCUGUAGUCUCCCAUUCACUCGUGAACGCGAUCCGGUACUCCCCUCACCAUGGUAUAUGGCACGCGAAACGCGGGUUGGUUCUGCGACGUCUGCUGGGCAGACGCCGCCACCGCCUUCGCCGGCGCUGCUCGACGGCUUCACGCGCGCCGGCGCUUCUCAACCUCACUUGCAACUCUGUACGCGGGGGCUGCAGCGUCAGAAAAUGCUGCCCGCACAGAAAUCAAGCCGCUUCUGGCUGGACUGCCGCACCGCUCGCGCUUUGCGUACAAGCCUCCGGAGAUCGCUGUCGAUCAUCUUAUCGUUGGCGGCGGCGCAGUCGGGUUGGCGAUCGCCAGCGCGCUGGCGAAGAGAUGGCCGGAGAAGACUACGUACCUAGUGGAACGACAUACGGGUGUGGGCAUGGAGAUCAGUAGUAGAAAUAGCGAAGUCAUACAUGCUGGUCUGUACUACCCCCCAAGCUCGUUCAAGACUAGACUAUGUCUCAGAGGGCGUGAGCUCAUGUAUCAGCAAUGCAGCAAGCGCGGACUGCCGUACAAGCAGACCGGAAAGCUGGUCGUCGGCGACGCAUCCUCCUUGCACUAUUUCCAAGAAUUGAAAAAACACUGCGAUACACUCCCCACCUCCCUCGACCUUUAUCCCGAUGGUCUCGGUCACAGUGUACAAUUGAAGCGGCCUCCGGUGCGCCUCAUAUCAGGCGAUGAAGCCCGCGAGCUAGAGCCAGACCUGUCCAAAGAUGUCGCGCAUGCGCUGUUCUCAGAACGGACAGGGAUUGUCGGCACGCACGAGCUUUUGCAGGACCUGCACAGAGAGUUGGAUGAGGGCGACAGCGCAGAGGUCGUGCUUGAUACGAGUGUCGUUCGCGUCGAUCCGAUGCGCAAGGAUUCGAGCUCCGCGGGUGCACCCGAGAAUGGAAAGCGUGGCAAGGAUAAAAGUAAUGACGGCUGGGUCGUGCAGACUGUUACGGGGGAUCCAGCCACCGCAGCGAACAAUGCUUCCGACUCGAUCUUGGCUCGCGUACUCAUCAAUGCUUCGGGGUUGAAUGCACCUCUGGUACUGAACUCACUCAUGCUUGAUGGACAAGGGUUGCGUGAUGAGAGUGAAGCGAAUGGGGGUCUUGUGCCGAUGUUCUACAGCAAAGGGAACUACGCAAGCUACAAGGGUCCUGGUGUCGGCAACGUCAAGCAUCUCAUCUAUCCGACACCAUUUAUGGGUCAUGAGUCGGGCCAGAAGAGCGGUUCCUCAGGAGGCAAGCACAGCCACCAGUCGCUCGGCACACAUCUCACUUUAGACCUCGAGGACAACGUCCGCUUCGGGCCGGACACUCAGUGGCUCUCCGUGCCCCAGGACACGAUCUCGCACGAGGAAGCCGUUGACUUUUGGUCGGCAGAGCUCGCGCCACUGCAGGAAGGUGAUGUGCGUAUUGCGCAGAUGCACCGAGACAUCACAUCCUACCUACCCGGUAUCUCGCUCGAGGGGCUCAGUCCAGAUUAUGCUGGGAUACGACCCAAACUCGUCGGGCCCGGUGGGGGCUUCAUGGACUUCACCAUCCUGUACCAUGCGUCGGAAGGACUUCAGGGCCAGCGGCUAUGGCAGGCAGACGAGGUGCCGAGGGCGGCGCAAGGCGGCGGACUGAUGCUUAGCUUGCUGGGCAUCGAGAGCCCAGGACUGACGAGCAGCUUGGCCAUUGCCGAGUAUGUGCGUGAACGACUCGCCGCAGACAUUUGGGGCGAUCAUAAUCGAAGCAGCGCCAAGAGCAGCUGGAAUGAGGAAGUUGGCGGUGGCAAAGAACUCGAUGCUUGGGCGUAGCGCGUAUUCAUCACGUCAACGGGUCUCUUCGUCUAUAUUUUAAGAAACUUGUAUUACAUACAAGCUUCCUUAACUGACUGUCGCGAGUAAUCACUCAGACGACGUCACUGGAGAAAAUGUCUUCGUGGGG